UUGUUUCCGCUUUGUCUCCUCCGAACCGUGCUAUUCGCGAAUUUCGUCCACUGACCCUCCAACAGUCUCGGUCAUACAUCGGAAGAGGGCGCAAGGGGGCGGCCAGAAAAACGCUGCCAGUACAUAAUUUUUCUUAAAAAAUGUGUCUUUUGUCUCGGAUAUCGCGUUGUGGAAAAGAUCUCAUGAAUGUACGCCGCAAUUACAAAUAUUUAUCGAUUCGACGAAAUAACAAUACAAAUUAUGAAAACAAAAACAGAUCAAAAGUUCGGGUUUAUCUAACGAAUGGAUUUUUUUUCGUCGAAAAUUUUAACCUUUGAUUAAAAAAAACAAUCAUCUCUCCAAAUAAGAAUGUUCAGUUGAAAUGAGCGAUUUAGCGGUCAUUUAUAAACGAAUUCAAACUGCAGCGAUUUGAAUCGUUCGAUUUUUCGAAAACAGACGAACUCGAUUUAUUUCGUUGAAAAAUUAACCAGGCCACCAUAUACAAGGUUUGAAUAAAAGUAAUUAAGCACUGUGUAGGAGUCGAUUUCGGCAUUGAGUGUAUAGUAAUAGAUCGUACGAGAUCAGACGAAACGUUCGAAUCUUAUGUAUAUCUUGAAGCAUAAUGGUCCUUUUUGGCCGAGGGCGACAGUGCCCUCGAAAUCUUCGAAUAUAACCGGCUUCAUGCUUGAAUACAUAGAGAAAGACAGAGAGCUCGUUUUACGUGGACUUGGGCCUUUUCUUUCUUUUAUGAUGAGCGAGCGCAACGACUCAUAACGUGGGAAGAAUGGAAGUUGUGCUGUCACCCGGUAGAUUUGGCGACGAGACGCCGGGAGUGCCAUUUCAGAAAGAAGAGAUUCGAGAAUGGUCACACGUCGAUCGUCUCACUGGCAUGCUCGAACGUGCACGAGUCGAGACUGGAAGAUGGCAAACUUCCAAUCAGGGAGCUGCUAAAUCUUAUGGCAAAGUUAUAGACUCGAGGGAGAGAAACUCCGCGGAUGGGAGCAUCGUUCAGAGAGCACGCAGACAAGUGGAAAUAUUUCAGAGUCAGGGACGCGGCCGAUCGGUACAAGUUGUACGCGCCUCACAAUGGUCAUCCUCAAGAGUCACCGACUCAACAUCGGUUGUCGGUAAUUCCUCGUUACUUCCGCUUUUCAAUAAGGAAGAAAAGGAGGAAGAAAAAGAAGGAAAAUUAGUGGAUACAGCGAGAAUAGAGACGGCGAAGAAGAAGAAAAGUUUGUUGCACGAAGACACGAUCAGCGAACGUUUGAGCGCCUUGCUCGGUACGUUUUCCUAUCCGGUAUCGUCGACGGUCCCAUUACGACGGAUCGACUCUAAAUACUCGAGUCGCGCCGCGAUUCUGACAAGUCCAAAGAGAAGCAAUUCCAACGAGGAUCUGGCGAUAUUGUCGCGCGUAAAAAUAAACGAGAAAGAAAAAAUGCCAUUCGGAAUGGAAAAUUCUUCGACCAGCGAAGAUCGAACGAGGAUUAAAUAUUCUGCGGUGAAGCUUGAUCGUGAUGAAUUUGAAAAAAUUCGUAAAGCCACGGAUUCGAAACGGGAGGGAGAGAAACGAAUUUCGAUGGGCUUCAACAACGAGGAAUUAACGAGCAGACCCACAAAAUCCGCUAUUCAACUGCCUCCGUCCAGUAAAUCCAAUACUACGGUUGUGAAUUUAAUGGGCGACUCGCGAAGGAUAAAUAAUCCAGAAAUUCUCGAUGGUAAACACUCCAACGUCAAUUGGAUCCCGACGAGUUCAACAAAUUCAAGAGAGACACGAGAGAGUGAUUCGGAAAACGGUAACGCGUCGCGAAAUGGAAAACCUGAGGAGUCCAGAGGUUUUUCUGCCUCUCAAAAAGCACCGAAACGCGUAGGCUUUUCCAAAACGGAAAUACACUUCGUCGCAGACUCGGGCAAGGUCAAUAUCGUCGAAACCGACGAAAAACCUCCGCCAACUAAUAAAUUUCGUCGUAGAAGACGUCUCACGGGUUUUGUCGCGAACAAAACCGUGCCCGACAUUCAUGUCAUUCCGUACGAACCCAAAAUAAACUCGCCAACAACCCUUCGAUCAAUUACUGGCCCUUGUGAUCCCGAGGAUAAUCCGAAAAACGAACUCCAGCGUGGCCACACUACUACUGUCAAACUUGGCAGCGAAAUUUCGAAUAAUCAGGAGAGAGAUUUUCCAGGACUUCAAGAAGCUACGAGCCAGGGAAUUCUUCUACGGCUUGAAAAUCGCAUUUACGAUCGUCUCGAAGCUUGCACUUCAAAAAUUCUCGAUGACUCGGAUUUCUGCAAAAAUGUACACCACGAAAACGCUGGCAAAACGGAAAUUCAAGCAAGUGCCCUCAAAUCUACUCGUCUCAUUAUGAACUUGACGAAAAAUCCGAAAUCGUCGAGGAUCAUUCCUGACGCGGAGAUUUGGGAUAAUCACGAGAAGGAAGAUGAUUUUGGGGAUGAUGCAAAGAGAAUAAACCCAGCAAGUUCCUCGAGCCGUUGCAUCGACUGGCAGAACGAAAACGAGUCUAAAUCCAUCGUCCUGGAUACACAGGAGAUAAAAAUGCCUUUAGACCAUCAAAAUGUCAACUCUUGUGAAUUCACAACGAUUCCUCUAUCUACGGAAAUCAAAAAUACUCACGAGAAAAUCGAAUCCAUUAGAAUAGACAACGGCAACAAUGAUAAAAAUGAGCAAUUGGAAUGUGAUAAAAAAUCAACCACCGCGAUACUCGCAAAAAAGGAUUUCCCGUCUCAGGAUUAUGACGUGGUGUGUAGGGAUGCUGAAAAUAAUCAAGUCGUACUUAAAAUGGUGACGACUCACGAGCCAACAAUCGCUCGCGUUGAAAACGAUCAUUUUUCUAAAAGAAUUAAAAAACCAACGAUCAAAAAGAAAUCUACGAAAACUGAGGUGCCAGCAAAGAAAAAGUUGCAAAAAGAGCAUACUUAUGUGAAUAUUUUUACUGGAUCAAGAAAUGUACCGAUUUACGAAAAUUUUAGAAUAGCGGAACCUCGAAAAUCGGAUAAAGUCACGAAUCCCAUUAAAAAAGCUGAUAAAUUGUCUUCGGAAAAAAAUUCACGAAUACCAGACCCGAAGGGUCAACUUCCACUGGCAAAUAAUGCUCCAGUACUGAGAGAACUAGAAACUCCAAAUUUAGAAAAAACAAAGAGCAGCGUUGAUGAAAAAUUGGAAAUUGCAGAAACUCCCGCAGUUUUGAAGAUUGUCGAUAAAAAAAUAAGCGACAAAAUCAAGGAGAGCAAAUUAACUUUGGGCAAUAAAAAAUUAGCCCAAUCAUCUUUGAACUCGGGUGCAAGUUCGAAAUCACGAAUAAGCAAAGUAUCGAAAAACUUGACGGAAAAAGGAAAUCCCAAAAGUCCAAUUGCUGCCUCGUCGAACGAGAGAGAUUUGAGACUCGUGAAUGAAACUUCGAGUCACGAUAUAAAAACGCAUCCCUCGAAUUUAAGCUCGAGAGAUGUUUCAUCGACGAGGGUCAUGAGAAACAAUGAAAUUCGAAAAAAACCCAUGGAGGUUGUUUAUCAAACAGCUGUAUAUAAUAUGAAAAAUGAAAAAUUGUCGAAACCUCAGAAAGGCAAAGAAUCCAAGGGACCAAGAUAUCUCAAUGAACUAAUUUGUGGUGCUAAAACUAAGCGGGAUUCCAAAACAAAAACCUCGAACACAAUUCAACAUUCUGCUCAUAAUAAAGGUGCUUCGCAAACUGUCAGACACUGGAAAUAGAGAAACGGUUCUGCAGCAGCUGCAACUUUCCUUAAAAAAUGUUCCGUCCUCCCAACAUGGAAUUAUAGUCCUCGAAAAGAAACCAGCAUUAGAAAACAAUAUCAAAGUGCUAGAAAAAUGGAAGAAUUUUUUAAAAAAGCAAAAAUAAAAAAACAAUAAAUUCUAGAUUUAUUCA